UGCGUUGCGGGGAGCGCAGCGCAGGCUCUCGCUUGCCAUGAGUCACCUCUUCGAUCCCCGGUUGUCUGCCCUGGCAGCCUCGCCCAUGCUCUAUCUGUACGGUCCCGAGAGACCCGGGCUGCCUCUGGCCUUCGCCCCCGCGGCUGCUCUGGCUGCCUCGGGCCGGGCCGAGACCCCGCAGAAGCCUCCCUACAGCUACAUCGCGCUCAUCGCCAUGGCGAUCCAGGACGCGCCCGAGCAGAGGGUCACGCUCAACGGCAUCUACCAGUUCAUCAUGGACCGCUUCCCCUUCUACCACGACAACCGGCAGGGCUGGCAAAACAGCAUCCGCCACAACCUCUCGCUCAACGACUGCUUCGUCAAGGUGCCCCGCGAGAAAGGGCGGCCGGGCAAGGGCAGCUACUGGACGUUGGACCCCCGCUGCCUGGACAUGUUUGAGAACGGCAACUACCGGCGCCGAAAGAGGAAGCCCAAGCCGGGCCCUGGGGCCCCGGAGGCCAAGAGGCCCCGCGCCGAGACGCACGAGCGCAGCGCGGAGGGGCAACCUGAGGCAGGGAGCGGGGCAGGGGGCUCGGGCCCCGCAAUCCCACACCUGGAGGGAGCGCCUGCGGGCCCCUCGCCCCUCCUGGACGGCCCCUUUCCGCCGGCGCCCCUCCACUGGCCGGGGACCGCGUCCCCAGACGAGGACGCCGGUGACGCUGUCCAGGGCGCAGCGGCCGUGGCCGUCGGCCAGCCAGCGCGCACGGGGGACGGCCCGGGGUCCCCUCUGCGCCCCGCCUCCCGCAGCUCUCCGAAGAGCUCCGACAAGUCCAAGAGCUUCAGCAUAGACAGCAUCCUGGCGGGAAGGCAGGGCCAGAAGCCGCCUGCAGGGGACGAGCUCCUGGGGGGCGCCAAGCCCGGGCCCGGCGGCCGUCUGGGUGCCUCGCUCCUGGCCGCCUCCUCCAGCCUCCGUCCGCCUUUCAACGCUUCCCUGAUGCUCGACCCGCACGUCCAGGGCGGCUUUUACCAGCUGGGGAUCCCCUUCCUCUCCUAUUUCCCCCUGCAGCUUCCCGACACGGUGCUCCACUUCCAGUAAAGCAAACGAUGGCGCGGUUCUUCUCCCGGCCCGGCCUGCGCCUCCGCUGAGCGAAAGGCCACAGCUCCCACCUGCGGAGGAUUCUAAAAUGAUCUUUGCCUGGGACGGCCUAUGGGUUCAGGGAAGUGUCACCAACCAUUGCGCGCAGGUGGGCGAGCUGGCCUGCCUUCUCCGAAGCAAACUUUUCCCAGCAACCGGGCGCAGCUACGGAGACUUAAAAGAUCCCUGCGGGGUCAUGGGCAUCCGCAGGGACCUCUACCGCGGGAGAUUCCUUGACUUUUGACCUGUCUAAUGGAGUGGUCUUCAGCCGCCCACCGCAGGUCCUGCGCGUCCCGGGCAUGCGAGGGCCCGCAGACUACCCAAGACAGGCCUUACAGGUGCAGUGUGGUCCUUUCGACUGGGGACCCCCAUAUGACCGUCGCCUGCUUCGCUGUUGCUGUGUGGGUCAGGCCUUGGUUAUGAGCCCAUCUGGGUGUGGGGUGGUCACAGCUGGGUUUGUUCCCGACUUGAAGUUGUGGAGGUGCCGGGGGUGACCCCGGGUUUUCAGGUUUUCUGGAAGAUGUAGGGCCUGAUUAGGAUUUAUGACCAAUGUUCAGGUACAGAAGCUGAUAAACCACCCAGAGCAGUAACACUUUUAUUUUAAACAGAGAAGUUUUCUCUUAAUUUCUUUCUGGGUAGUAAAAGGAACAUGUUUUAUUAUUUGCAUAAAUACUUGACUCUAAGCAUUGACCUUUGAAAACGCGUGUAUUAACAACUUUUAUUAAGAAAGUGCACUCUAUAUAACAUCUUCUUGCAUUAUGAUAUCUCAUUAGCCAAUACACAUGCAGCUAUGUAACCCACAACAGCAGAUGGCCUAUCCUUUUGCUUUUGUUUUUAAGGGAUCAAAAUAUUUCAAGGCAUGCCAUGAGGAAGGGUGUGAGGGGGAGGGGAUAUGCCUCAGACAAUGUUGGAGUUUUGAUUUCCAUGUUUUUUCAAGAUCCAGGCUUGUGGUCGCUAUAU